UCUCGCCCAGCGGUGCGCAGAGGUGGGAGGCUGCGGCCCGCUGAGGUCAUUUCCUGCGCCUCUGCCCUCCCUUGCCUUUAAGGGGCGGGCGGGGAGCCCAGGGCCGGCAGAGCGAUCGCGGCAGAGCGGGGUGCUGAAUGGGGCGCCGCCGGGCUGGGCUCGACUAGGCUUUGUCCCCUACGGGACCCCCCAGCCUGCCCCGUUCCCACCCCGCCUGCCCCGACCCGGAGCGGAGACCCGAACUCGCGACCUCCGGACCCAGGACUCAGUGGACUAUUCCAUCAUGACGGAACCCAAAGUGGAGACCCAGGCCAGCAUGGACUGGCAGAAGCGAUGCUUGGCCUUAGAAACCCAGCUUUUCCGUUUCCGUGAACAGGCCAGCAAGAUAAGGGAGCUGCUGGCUGACAAGAUGCAGGAGCUGGAGCAGAGGCUGUUGGAGGCAGAGCAAAGAGCUGAGAAUGCAGAGACCCAGAUGGGUCUGAUGGAGGAGAAGGUGAAACUGUCCAAUUUGAAGAACGUAGACUCUGGAGGCAGCCUGCACCGAAAGUACCAGAACUUGCUGAAAGCCCUGCAAGGCAAAGAUGAGCUCAUCCGCCAGCUGCAGGCACAGCUGGAGAAGCAGAAACUGAUAAGAGCAGAAGAAGCAAAAGCCAUUCAAGAAAAAGCUGCGAAGAUCAAAGAGUGGGUGACCCUGAAGUUAGCUGAGCUCGAGACGGAGAAUCAGCACCUCAAGAGCUGUAAUCAGCAGCUAGAGGAGCAAGUGGGGGCCCUUCAAGUUGCCCUGGAGGCUCUUCAGAUGGCACCUUCAGGAAAGCUGCUGAUGAAACCCCAGGGAACCCCUAAACUGGAUGCUAUCCUGUCAGGUCCAGUGCCCCAGUCAUUGGGGCAGGAAAAUGGUCCUCAGGCCCAGGUGACCCCAAAGAUGGCUGUGCCGCCCCCUUCUCCAGGUGCUCUGCAGAGCAAGGCAGAAAACCACUUGCAGGCCUCUCACUCCAGCGUGACCUGCCUAGAGGAGACCCCAAAAGCCAAGACACUUCCACCUCGCCUGAAAAGAGAGGGCACUCCAGGCCCACAGUCCAGAACACCAGGCACCCCUAGGCAUGGCUUGGCUUCCUGGGGUGUGGGCCUAGCCAUUCCCCAGGGACCUCCGUUCUCUGGAACUAAAACCUCUGCCCAAGAAAGUGGGCCAGGCAGCAGCGUCACCCUCCCCAAGGCUCGGAAUCCUGGCAACCCCCGGGACAGCCUCCAGCUGGCCAGACGGCACCACAGCCAGCCCCAAGCCUACCCCGGACACUUUAGCCAUAUGGUGAGCCGUGAGAUCAGGACCUUUCAGAUCCCUGGUCUUCCUGAAGUGGGGGCCCUGGCUGAGCCCCGAGAGGAACCAGAGAAGAUGGAGAUGGAGGAGCAGCUGCCAGCAGGAAGGAAGGAAAGUGAAAAGGGUCCCCAAGCAGAUCUGGAGGAAGUGGACUUGGGAAGCAAGCCACCCACACCACCCUUGCACCGGUUUCCAUCAUGGGAGAGCAGGAUCUACGCAGUGGCCACAUCAGGACUGCGGCUCUCGGAUGUCUCUCCCAGGAGUAAUGUCACCUGCUGUGCUUCAAGCCCUCCUGCUCUUGCCUCCCCUGGACCUUUUUCUGGCCUUGUCUACAAGAGUGUCACCGUGCCAGUCUACACCUCCCUGAAGGGGAAAGCCACGCAGAUCAGCAGUGUGCCCUUUGUGGACGAGUCCUCAGGCUCCGAUGACGACUGCAGCUCCCAGGCCAGCUUCCGCAUCUCCAUCCCCUGCCCUGAGUCAAGGAAGACUGGUGGCCUGGGCAGCCCCAGGGCCAUUAAAAGAGGCGUCUCCAUGUCCUCGCUGAGCUCCGAGGGGGACUACGCUAUCCCGCCAGAUGCCUGCUCGCUGGACAGUGACUACUCGGAACCUGAGCACAAGUUACAGCGCACCUCGUCCUACUCCACGGAGGGGCUGGGCCUGAGUGGGGAGUCACUGGAGAAGUCUGGCUACCUGAUGAAAAUGGGGAGCCGGGUGAAAACGUGGAAGAGACGCUGGUUUGUCCUGCGACAGGGACAAAUUACAUACUACAAGUCCCCGAAUGACGUCAUCCGGAAACCUCAAGGCCAAGUGGAACUGAACUCGCAUUGCCAAAUUGUCCGAGGGGAGGAUGCCCAGACUUUCCAGCUCAUCUCCGAGAAGAAAACCUAUUACCUGACAGCCGAUUCUCCCAGUCAGCUAGAGGAAUGGAUUUGGAUCCUGCAGAGCUUGCUGAAGGUCCAGGCUAUUGGACCCCUCACCCCACUUAAGGGUACCUCCAAGCCCACUGUGAAGGGCUGGCUAACCAAGGUAAAACAUGGCCACUCCAAGUUGGUCUGGUGUGCUCUCGUUGGGAGAACCUUCUACUACUAUCGGAGUCAUGAAGACAAGCGCCCCCUUGGCCGCCUGCCUAUACGGGAUGCGCACAUAGAGGAAGUUGAUCGAUCAUGUGACUCAGAUGAGGACUACGAAGCUGGAGGGACAAGGCGGUUGCUGUCCUCCCACUGUACCCUGGUGAUCCACCCCCCAGAGCACAGUCCCACCUACCUCCUCAUUGGUACCAAGCAUGAGAAGGAUACGUGGCUUUACCACCUCACUGUGGCUGCAGGGGGCAGCUGUACCAAAGUGGGCACUACCUAUGAGCAGCUUAUAGGGAAACUCAUGGAUGGUGAAGGAGAUCCAGAUUCCCCGCUCUGGAGGCACCCCAUGCUCUGCUACAGCAAAGAGGGGCUGUUGGCCUCUCUCACCACCCUGCCCUCCGAGGCCCUGCAGACCGAGGCGCUCAAGCUCUUCAAGUCCUGCCAGCUCUUCAUCAACGUGCCCGUGGAGGCCGCCUCCGUGGACUACCAUGUGUCCCUGGCCCAGACAGCGCUGCAGGUCUGCCUGGUUCACCCCGAGCUGCAGAGUGAGCUCUACUGCCAACUCGUGAAGCAGGCCAGCUGCCGGCCCCCCCAGAAGUACUCCCUCAUGCAGUGCUGGCAGCUCCUGGCUCUGUGCGCCCCGCUUUUCCUUCCCCAGCACCACUUCCUCUGGUACGUCAAGCAGCAACUCCAACGGCACGCAGAUCCCAGAAAUGAGACCGGCCAGUAUGCCACCUACUGCCAGCGGGCAGUGGAGCGGACUCUGCAGACCGGGGAGCGGGAGGCCAGGCCGUCACGCAUGGAAGUGGUGUCCAUCUUGCUACGGAACCCCUUCCACCACUCCUUGCCCUUCAGCAUCCCUGUGCACUUCGCCAAUGGGACUUACCAGGUGGUGGGAUUUGACGGCUCCUCCACUGUUGAUGAGUUCCUGCAGCGGCUGAACCAGGAGAUGGGCAUGAGGAAAUCCUCGCACUCCGGCUUUGCCCUCUUCAUGGACGACCCUUCUGGCAGGGACCUGGAGCACUGCCUGCAGGGGAGUAUCAAGAUCUGUGAUGCCAUCUCCAAGUGGGAACAAGCACUCAAGGAGCUACACUCUGGGAAGUCUGAGGGCGGCACGCGCACCGUGAAGCUGAUGUACAAGAACAGGUUGUACUUUCGGAGUCAAGUCAAAGGGGAGACUGAGCGAGAACGGCUGCUGCUUGCUUCCCAGAUUAGUGGGGAGAUAGUGUCAGGGAGGUUCCCUGUCAACAAGGAGCUGGCUCUGGAGAUGGCUGCCCUAAUGGCCCAGGUAGAAUAUGGGGACUUGGAGAGGUCCACUUCAACAGGUUCUGGGGGUACACCCCCUGCCAAGGCUCAGCACCAUCUGCAGCAGGUCCUGGACAAAUUCUAUCCAAGACGCUAUAGACACGGCGCACCCCCUGAACAACUGAGGCACCUGGCAGAUCUGCUGACCACCAAGUGGGCUGCACUGCAAGGCUGUUCCCCUCCUGAGUGCAUCCGCAUCUACCUGACAGUGGCCCGGAAAUGGCCUUUCUUUGGUGCUAAGCUAUUUGCUGCUCAGCCUGCACCGCUGUCCUCCAAGGAGAAGGCUCUGGUGUGGAUUGCUGCAAAUGAAGAUGGUGUCAGUAUCUUGGACCACAACACUAUGCAAGUGCAUGUCACCUACCCCUACCCUUCAGUGAUGACGUUUGGUGGCUGCCGGGAUGAUUUCAUGCUUGUGAUUAGAUCCAGUCCAGACCAGAGCUCUGGGAAAAGUCACAUUGAGAAGUUGAUCUUCCGAAUGGCUGCUCCUAAGAUUGCAGAGGCAACCUUCAUCUUGGCCAACUACAUGAACCAUUGUUCUGCAUUAGGGAACCAACUCACCAACCCACCUGCUGCCAGCCCACUGAGGGAACUGGAUGGACGACAGCUCUUUGUUUCUGUUCCAUGUAGUGCCAAGGGGUCAGAAUUGCUGUGAAGACUUCUCCCACCCUAUUCCCUUCCACUUGGUGCCUCUGGGAUUACAGAUACUUAUCCAUGGUGUGAUACUACUGUGAUGGGCCUAACAGCCCUGCCCCUAGCAGGUUCCCCUCUUUUGUUCUGUGAAACGUGUCUCAGUGUCCUUGACACCUUUAAUUCGCUAGGUGCCUUACAAUGUUUCAGGGCCCACCUUUAACAGAACCAGGCCCAGUAUAAAACCACUCUUUACAGUUAAUACUGAGCUCUGGCUGCUGCCUAAUUCUGGACAGACAGGGAUGGCCCGCUGUGACAAAGGGCAUCAGUGGAGUGAGUCCAGGCUUUCUGCACUGAUCCCCUCAGGAAGGCCAUUUUUAUAAGAUACUGUAUAUGAUCCUUAGAUGGGGACUGAUACUUGAAGUUUACCCAAUGUCCCCAAAUAGGACAGGACUAGAAUUUCUAAUUCACUUGACCACUGACAAAGGCCUAGAACUCACUAAAACUGGAUUUUCUUUCCCAGAUGGCAGGGCUGGAGAAGAGCUUAGACUCACCCAUAUCCCUUCCCCUAUUGCAUCUAAGAACAAAGCUGCUCUCCCUGCCACUGACUAUAAGCCCAUCUGGGGACUAGGCACUGUCCAUGCCCUUUUUCAAUGUAACCACUGAACCGGGCACAGUGUUAGCUGUGCUACCUACUGCUGGACUGGAUGCUUAUCCCAUUCCCCUACCCUUUAAAAGACUGAGCAAACGAGCUGAGCUUUUGCUGUCCUGUGAGGCCACCAAAGAUAAAGUUAGAAACAAAGGGGCCUCCAGUCUUGUGGGCUUAGAUUUGAACUUCACGACUUCUGGCAAACUUCUGCUGGGAAUUAAGUUUGCAGGCAGAGGCUACAUAGGAGAUAGCUACCUUAGAACCAGGUGAGAGACAACUUUCACCUUUGACUUCCUGAUGGUACCCAGGUCCCCUCAUCUUUGACAUGUUCUGUGGAGUACAGACAAAAUAAUCUUUGUCUCCAUUCUCUGAGAGAAAAGACAAAGGAGUUGAUUUACACUCUGAUUUCCCAACCCUAGAGAAACUUGAGUUUUAUUUCAUAGCUGUAGGGCAGUCUUAUAUUUGACAUUGAAGUGCUAAACACGGUAUUGGGUUAGCAGCAGCAGCAGCCCAGACCCAAGCCUUUCACCCCAACAAUGUGUGUGUGUGGCACACUGAGUAAAGGAAAGACUGGACCUAGUUUAUCUGAAUGCCUCAGUUGCUCUUGUACCCUUUAGAGUUGAUAAGCAUGAUGAAACUAGCGACAACAGUGUCUGCCUCUUGUAAAUGAAAGCUGCCAAUUCCACAGCUCUCUCCCAUUUGUUUCUGCUUUUCCUCCCAAACUUUGGGAUCUCGUUGAGACAUUUCUACCUCAUAUAGGUUACAUGUACCACAGGCUCCUGGAUAAGCCCUCCAGGGCUUAUGUCAAGAGCAGAGAUUACAGUUUAUUUAAAAUUUCUUGAGUAUCUCUAAAGCUAAUGAGGAUAAUACCUAGCCCAAAGUUAAAAAGAAAAAUUGGAAGAAAAAGUAAGCAAGAAUGGAGUCCAUGUUCAUAUUAAAUUUGGGGGUCCCGUCAUUUUUCCCCCAUCCUCUUUCCUUCCUAAACUUCUUAAGAAUCCUCCCUUGGUGUAUUAAUUGUAUACUGAAGAAGCUGACUUAUAGGCUUCUAAUAGUUUGCUUGUUUGUCCUUUUAAAAAGUCUAAAACCAAAAUCAAAUUUCUGUGUGACAUUUUCUUAUCCCUCCUAACAAAAGAAUUUCUUGAAACACUGACAAUGCUGUGUGUUAAUCUGCUUGACAGCCAUGGCUGUGAAAUGAUGAUCAUGUUUGUCAAUAAAAAAAAAAGCAGCUAUUUGAACCAGGCAA